UAACACUUCUCCUUCUUUCUUUCGAAGAGCGUUUUGAUCUCAGACACUUACACCAGCGAAGCUUAGCGUACCUAUUCUUCUCCAUUUUCAUCUCCAACCUGUCCUAAUUUUUUUGGGGUCAAAUCUCAAAACAUAUUCAUUUCUAUUUUUUUUAUACAAUAUAAUUCCGUGAAAUUUGUGUUUUUUUUUUUUGGAGAUCUUCCUUUUCACAUCAUCAGAAUCGGAAUCCAAAUCUGUAGAAUUUUGAAUCGAUUCGAUUCGAUUCCAUUCUCAAUUUGUUCUCUGAUGUUUGAAUUAGGUUUAGCUAUAACUUGAUCGAUCGAGUUUCGAAGUUGCGCGAAAUCGAUAAUAACCGUAAGAACUGGGGGCGAAUCAGUCUCGGUCUCACCGUACCCCGGCGGCGGCCCCAUCGGCUCAAGCCGGCGUGGGACUCUGGUUCUUUCUCCGACCUAACAAUGCGCCUCGUGCUCAUACCCUCCAUUACCUUCCUCACGUAGAAUCCGUGACCCGUCACGUCCCUGAUCACCACCGCGGAGCACCUCCAUCAACCUCCAUGGACAACUCUGGUCCUUCUCCCAAUUCUGCUUCUGCUGCUCCUAUGGAGGAGCUGGAGUACCUGGCUAGAUACUUGGUCGUUAAGCACUCCUGGAGAGGCCGAUACAAGCGAAUUCUCUGCAUAUCGAAUGUUACCAUUAUCACCUUGGACCCUUCUACGCUGGCGGUCACCAAUUCCUAUGAUGUCGGAAAAGAUUACGAGGCCGCCACGCCCAUAAUCGGACGCGACGACAGCUCCAAUGAGUUCAAUUUGAGUGUUCGAACAGAUGGACGUGGGAAAUUCAAGGGUAUCAAGUUCUCGUCGAGGUACCGGGCGAGUAUAUUGACGGAGUUGCAUAUAAUUAGGUGGAAUAGGUUGGCCGCCGUUGCUGAGUUCCCGGUUCUUCAUCUGCGGCGAAGGAACUCAGAGUGGGUCCCCUUCAAAAUGAAAGUUACUCAUGUUGGGGUCGAACUUGUUGACUUAAAAACUGGAGACCUUCGCUGGUGCUUGGAUUUCAGAGACAUGGAUUCUCCUGCCAUCACUGUUCUUUCCGAUGCAUAUGGAAAUAGAAAUAGUGAGCAUGGUGGUUUUGUUCUUUGCCCUUUAUAUGGAAGAAAAUCUAAAGCCUUCAAAGCAGCUUCUGGGACCACAAAUUCUGCUAUUAUUGCAAGUCUGACAAAAACAGCAAAAUCCAUGGUUGGUCUGUCAAUAUCUGUGGACACUACUCAAUCUUUAACAGCAGCGGAGUAUAUAAAGCGAAGGGCUAAGGAGGCAGUUGGAGCAGAAGAAACCCCAUAUGGGGGCUGGUCUGUGACAAGGUUGAGGUCUGCUGCUCAUGGUACUUUAAAUGUUUCUGGAUUGAGCUUAGGUGUUGGCCCAAAAGGUGGUCUUGGUGAGCAUGGUGAUGCUGUAUCACGUCAACUUAUUCUUACAAAACUUUCGCUUGUCGAAAGGCGUCCAGAGAACUAUGAAGCUGUUAUAGUUCGACCUUUAUCUACAGUAAGUUCCCUUGUCCGAUUUGCUGAGGAGCCCCAAAUGUUUGCUAUUGAGUUCAGUGAUGGAUGCCCCAUCCAUGUUUAUGCAAGCACGUCACGUGAUAGCUUGCUUGCAGCAGUUUUGGAUGUGUUGCAAACAGAAGGGCAAUGUGCAGUGCCAGUUUUACCAAGAUUGACAAUGCCUGGUCAUCGUGUUGAUCCACCUUGUGGUAGAGUUUUUUUACAAUUUGGAAAGCAGAGCCUUGGUGCUGACAUGGAGGGUGCAAACAUGCAUUUGAAAUACCUAGCAGCAGCUGCAAAAGAUGCAGUUUCUGAAAGUGGUUCUAUUCCUGGAUCAAGAGCUAAACUAUGGCGAAGAAUUAGGGAGUUUAAUGCAUGUGUGCCAUAUACGGGUGUUCCUCCAAAUAUUGAAGUUCCUGAGGUGACAUUGAUGGCCUUGAUAACGAUGCUCCCGUCUACACCAAAUCUUCCUCCUGAAUCCCCUCCAUUGCCUCCGCCUUCACCUAAAGCUGCUGCAACAGUCAUGGGCUUCAUUGCAUGUUUACGUAGAUUACUAGCUUCAAAGAGUGCAGCUUCACAUGUAAUGUCUUUUCCUGCUGCUGUUGGAAGAAUAAUGGGUUUACUUCGAAAUGGUUCCGAGGGUGUAGCUGCUGAAGCUGCUGGGCUUGUUGCAGUACUUAUUGGUGGUGGUCCAGGGGAUACAAUUACAAAUUUGCUAACGGACUCAAAAGGGGAGCAACAUGCCACAAUCAUGCACACAAAGUCAGUGUUAUUUGCUCAGCAAGGCUAUGUUAUCAUUCUUGUGAACAGAUUAAAGCCAAUGUCUGUAUCUCCUUUACUAUCAAUGGCAAUUGUUGAAGUUCUCGAGGCAAUGAUAUGUGACCCUCAUGGUGAAACUACUCAAUACCCGGUGUUUGUUGAAUUGCUACGCCAAGUAGCUGGUUUAAAGCGUCGCUUGUUUGCACUGUUUGGACAUCCGGCUGAAAGUGUCAGAGAAACUGUAGCUGUGGUUAUGCGUACAAUUGCAGAAGAAGAUGCAAUUGCGGCAGAGUCGAUGCGUGAUGCUGCAUUGCGUGAUGGCGCUUUGCUACGACAUUUAUUGCAUGCAUUCUUUCUCCCUGCUGGUGAGCGGCGUGAGGUUAGCCGACAGCUUGUCGCUCUUUGGGCAGAUUCCUAUGAACCUGCUUUGGAACUAUUGUCUAGAGUGCUUCCUCCUGGGCUUGUUGCUUACCUGCAUACGCGUUCUGAUGGAAUCCCAUCAGAAGAAGGUUCUCAGGAUGGAUCUUUGACGAGUAGAAGACAGAGGCGUCUACUCCAACAAAGGAAAGGUCGUGUAGGUAGAGGAAUAACAUCUCAAGAGCAUUCAUUAUCUUCUGCGAACAAUUAUGAAGUUGGUGACCCAGCAAAGCAGACGAGCACUUCUGCUUUUAAAGGUUCAGAUUACUAUCAAAAAUCGGCUACAGAUCCUAGUUUUGGUCAGUCGUCAACCAUCCAACCUUCUGUUGCUCAAACUAGUGAAAAUCCAAGUGGUGAAAUGCCCUCUACAGGGGUUUUACAAAAUGAACAUUCAGCUGGUGUUCCGUCUAUGAAUACACAUGAUACUUCUGAAGUAAAUGGUUCAGUUUCAACUGAUUCUGAUGCCAAUAUUGUCGGUUUUCAGAAUACAGGCCUCCCAGCUCCUGCUCAGGUUGUUGUAGAGAAUACUCCAGUGGGUUCUGGCAGGCUACUGUGUAAUUGGCCUGAAUUUUGGAGAGCUUUUAGCCUUGACCAUAAUCGUGCAGAUUUGAUCUGGAAUGAGCGUACGCGGCAAGAAUUGAGGGAGGCUCUACAGGCUGAGGUUCAUAAAUUAGAUGUUGAGAAGGAACGCACAGAAGAUAUUGUUCCUCGAGGUGCUACAUUAGAGAAUAAUCCUGGGCAAGAAAGUGUGGCCCAAAUAUCUUGGAACUACCCUGAAUUUUCUGUUAGCUAUCCUAGUUUGUCCAAAGAGGUUUGUGUUGGCCAAUAUUAUCUGCGUUUGCUACUUGAGAGUGGCAGUGGUGGCAGGGCUCAGGAUUUUCCUUUACGAGAUCCAGUUGUUUUCUUUAGAGCACUCUAUCAUAGAUUUUUAUGUGAUGCGGAUAUAGGACUUACAGUUGAUGGUGCUGUUCCUGAUGAACUGGGUGCAUCUGAUGAUUGGUGUGAUAUGGGAAGAUUAGAUGGCUUUGGAGGAGGAGGGGGGUCCUCUGUUAGAGAACUUUGUGCAAGGGCAAUGGCAAUUGUAUAUGAACAACACUACAAAUUAAUUGGUCCUUUUGAGGGCUCUGCUCAUAUUACAGUUCUACUGGAUCGGACAGAUGAUAGAGCUUUGAGGCACCGCCUUCUUCUUCUCUUGAAGGCUUUAAUGAAGGUUUUAUCAAAUGUCGAGGUUUGUGUUCUGGUUGGAGGGUGCGUAUUAGCUGUUGAUCUGCUGACAGUGGCUCAUGAAGCUUCAGAAAGGACUGCUAUUCCUUUGCAAUCAAAUCUGAUUGCUGCUACUGCAUUCAUGGAACCACUAAAGGAAUGGAAGUUUGUUGACAAGGAUGGAGCAGAAGUUGGACCUGUAGAGAAGGAUGCAAUAAGAAGAUUUUGGUCGAAGAGGGACAUUGAUUGGACAACACGAUGCUGGGCUUCAGGGAUGGUAGACUGGAAGAGAUUGAGGGAUAUUCGUGAACUACGCUGGGCAUUAGCUGCUCGAGUUCCUGUUCUCACUCCAACUCAGGUGGGGGAGUCAGCAUUGUCGAUAUUACAUAGCAUGGUAUCUGCUCAUUCGGAUUUAGAUGAUGCAGGAGAGAUAGUUACCCCAACUCCUAGAGUAAAACGAAUGUUGUCAAGUCCACGUUGCCUUCCACAUAUUGCACAGGCUAUGCUUUCUGGUGAACCAAGCAUUGUGGAAGGUGCUGCUUCUUUGUUGAAGGCUGUUGUUACUAGAAAUCCCAAGGCAAUGAUUCGCCUCUACAGCACAGGUGCAUUUUACUUUGCCUUGGCCUAUCCUGGAUCUAAUCUCCUUUCAAUUGCCCAACUCUUCUCUGUAACUCAUGUCCAUCAAGCAUUUCACGGUGGUGAGGAAGCUGCAGUGUCAUCUUCAUUGCCGCUGGCAAAGCGUAGUGUUUUGGGGGGCCUUCUUCCUGCAUCCUUGUUGUAUGUAUUGGAGCGAAGUGGUCCAGCUGCAUUUGCUGCUGCUAUGAUUUCUGAUUCUGAUACUCCAGAGAUUAUAUGGACUUACAAAAUGCGAGCAGAAAAUCUGAUUCGUCAGGUCUUGCAGCAUCUUGGUGAUUUUCCCCAGAAAUUGUCACAGCACUGCCAUACUCUGUACGAAUAUGCUCCAAUGCCACCGGUAACUUACCCAGAGCUACGAGAUGAAAUGUGGUGUCACCGAUAUUACCUGCGGAACUUAUGUGAUGAGAUUCGAUUUCCCAACUGGCCUAUUGUUGAGCAUGUGGAGUUUUUGCAAUCAUUACUGGUAAUGUGGCGAGAAGAGUUGACAAGAAGGCCUAUGGAUCUCUCUGAAGAAGAAGCAUGCAGAAUCUUAGAAAUAUCCUUAGAAGAUGUAUCUAAUAGUGAUGGCAAUAAGAAGCACUCUUUAGAGAUUGGCGAUGAGUUGUCUAUAUCAAAGCAGAUUGAAAACAUUGAUGAAGAGAAACUUAAGCGACAAUAUAGAAAACUUGCUAUGAAGUAUCAUCCUGACAAAAACCCCGAAGGAAGGGAAAAGUUUCUUGCUGUACAGAAAGCUUAUGAGCGUCUGCAGGCCACUAUGCAAGGCUUGCAAGGUCCUCAGCCUUGGCGGUUAUUGCUAUUGUUGAAAGGGCAGUGUAUCCUGUACAGAAGAUAUGGAAGUGUACUUGAGCCUUUUAAAUAUGCUGGUUAUCCAAUGUUGCUCAAUGCAGUUACUGUAGAUAAAGAUGACAGCAAUUUCCUUGCCUCAGAUAGAGCGCCUCUCCUUGUGGCAGCAUCAGAGCUUAUUUGGCUGACGUGUGCAUCUUCUUUGUUAAAUGGUGAAGAACUUGUGAGAGAUGGUGGAAUUCAACUUAUUGCGACUCUUCUUUCCCGUUGCAUGUGUGUAGUUCAGCCAACUACUCCUGCAAGUGAACCAUCAGCCAUUAUUGUUACUAAUGUGAUGAGGACGUUUUCUGUGUUGAGUAAGUUUGAGAGUGCCAGGGCUGAUAUGCUUGAAUAUUCUGGACUGGUUGAUGACAUCGUGCACUGUACUGAACUUGAGCUUGUACCUGCGGCAGUUGAUGCUGCACUCCAGACUAUAGCCCAUGUUUCUGUGUCUCCUGAAUUGCAGGAUGCCUUAAUAAAGUCUGGCGUGUUAUGGUACCUUUUACCUUUGCUGCUUCAAUAUGACUCGACAGCAGAUGAAUCAGAUACAAUAGAGUCACAUGGCGUCGGUGCUAGUGUACAAAUUGCAAAAAAUCUGCAUGCUGUACGUGCAUCCCAGGCCUUAUCACGACUGAGUGGUUUGUCUGCUGACGAGAAUUUAACACCAUAUAAUCAGGCUGUAGUUGAUGCCCUAAGAGCUAUGCUCACCCCUAAACUUGCCAGCAUGUUGAAAGAUCGAGUACACAAAGAUCUUUUGUCCAGAUUAAAUUCCAACCUGGAGUCUCCUGAGAUUAUCUGGAACUCUUCAACCAGGGCAGAACUAUUAAAAUUUGUGGAUCAGCAGCGGGCAACUCAGGGUCCUGAUGGUUCAUAUGAUCUGAAAGAUUCACAUGUUUUCGUGUACAAGGCACUAUCGAAAGAACUUUAUGUUGGCAAUGUUUACUUAAGAGUCUACAAUGAUCAGCCAGAUUUUGAGAUCAGUGAACCGGAGAUAUUCUGUGUUGCCCUGGUUGAUUUUAUCUCAUAUCUAUUGAGCAAUCAGUGUGCUACAGAUUCUGAUAUUCAGGACAGUCCAGAUCUCGUGGGCUCAUCCCUUGAGACAUCAGAACAUUCCAAUAAUAUUGCUGGUGGAUCAGGUAAUGACCAACAACCUGAUAAUUUGGCACCUGUACCUGUUGGAGAAUUGGCAGAAAAAAAGGAGUUUGAACUGGUUAAGAACCUGAAAUUUGCACUGACCUCUCUUCAGAACCUACUCACAAGCAAUCCAAAUUUGGCAUCAAUAUUUUCUACGAAAGACAAGCUAUUACCUCUUUUUGAAUGCUUUUCUGUGACGGCAACUGAAAGUAACAUUCCUCAGCUUUGUCUGAGUGUGUUGUCACUCUUGACAAAGCAUGCAUCCUGCUUGGAGGCCAUGGUGGCAGAUGGAUCUAGUCUUCUUCUAUUGUUACAAAUGCUACACUCUUCACCAAGUUGUCGUGAAGGUGCUCUUCAUGUUCUUUAUGCAUUAGCAAGCACUGCUGAACUUGCUUGGGCAGCGGCCAAGCAUGGUGGAGUAGUCUACAUUCUUGAACUUCUAUUGCCUUUGCAAGAAGAAAUUCCCUUGCAGCAAAGAGCUGCUGCAGCUUCUUUGUUAGGGAAGCUUGUAGGACAGCCAAUGCAUGGGCCUAGGGUUGCUAUAACACUAGCAAGGUUUCUUCCUGAUGGUUUGGUGUCAAUUAUUCGGGAUGGUCCUGGUGAGGCAGUGGUAGCUUCCCUUGAGCAGACUACAGAAACACCAGAACUUGUAUGGACACCAGCAAUGGCUGCUUCUUUAUCUGCACAAAUUUCAACUAUGGCAUCAGAUUUAUACCGGGAACAGAUGAAAGGCCGUGUCAUUGAUUGGGAUGUGCCUGAGCAGGCAUCUGGGCAACAAGAAAUGAGAGAUGAACCACAGGUUGGUGGAAUCUAUGUUAGGCUAUUCUUGAAAGAUCCUAAAUUUCCUCUCAGAAAUCCAAAGAGAUUCUUGGAAGGACUAUUGGAUCAAUAUUUAUCUUCCAUUGCUGCCAGCCAUUAUAACACACAAGCUGUUGAUCCAGAACUUCCAUUGCUUUUAUCUGCUGCUUUGGUUUCAUUAUUGCGAGUGCAUCCUGCACUGGCGGAUCACGUUGGAUAUCUUGGAUAUGUGCCCAAGCUUGUGGCAGCUGUGGCUUAUGAGGGGAGACGGGAAACAAUGUCAUCAGGUGAGGCAAACAAUGGCAAUUUUGCAGACAAAACAGAUGAACCUGAAGAUGGAUCAACACAACCUGUACAAACACCACAAGAACGUGUACGCCUUAGUUGUUUACGUGUCUUACAUCAACUUGCAGCUAGCACCACAUGUGCUGAAGCUAUGGCUGCAACUAGUGUAGGAACACCUCAGGUUGUGCCUCUUCUCAUGAAAGCCAUAGGAUGGCAUGGUGGAAGCAUACUUGCUCUUGAGACUCUUAAACGUGUAGUGGUUGCUGGAAAUCGAGCUAGGGAUGCACUUGUUGCACAGGGACUAAAGGUUGGUCUUGUGGAAGUACUUCUUGGCCUUCUCGAUUGGAGGGCUGGAGGUAGGAAUGGUCUCUGCUCUCAGAUGAAGUGGAAUGAAUCUGAGGCAUCCAUUGGCAGAGUGCUGGCUAUUGAGGUAUUGCAUGCAUUCGCAACGGAGGGAGCCCAUUGUACUAAAGUGCGUGAUAUAUUAAAUGCCUCUGAUGUUUGGAGUGCUUAUAAAGACCAGAAACACGAUCUCUUCCUCCCUUCAAGUGCUCAGUCUGCCGCAGCUGGUGUAGCUGGGCUAAUUGAGAACUCAUCAUCAAGACUCACUUAUGCCCUUCCAGCUCCACCAUCACAAGCACAGCCUACUUCAUCGAAACCUCCUGCUUCGUCAACAUCUGACUCCAAUGGAAAACAAGAUCAGCUUUCAUAGUGCAUGGAAUGUAGAUAGGAGUCAUUACUGAAGCUGCAUACUAAUCUGUAUAGAACAAUGUACAGUUUUAUCCCAAUUUUUUUUUUUUUUGCCGGUCUGCUCAUAAAGAGUAGAUUAUUACAAGGGAAAACAAAAAAACAUGGAAGAGAGUCAUUCGUUUUACAUGUAAAGAUGACUUUCGCAUUGUAAAUUGAGUCAGCUCUUGCCAAUUUGCGUUGUGUAAGCGAGGUGAUUUUGUGUGACGAUUUCUGUAAGGCAUGUGCCAUGUAGUAGCCAGCCAAACCAGCACAAAGAUUAGGGAGCAUGAUUGAUUACAAGCUGUUAUUUCAAUUGAAUGAAGUGUUUCAUUUAUUUUUUC